CUCUGGUCGGAGGCGGCGGUAAUGGCGGAUGGUGGGUUGUGGCGCCGGCGGCGGCUGCUGUGAGGGACGAUGAGUUCCUCCUUCGUGCCGAACGGGGCCAGCCUUGAAGAUUGUCACUGUAACCUCUUCUGCCUGGCUGACUUGACAGGAAUUAAGUGGAAAAGAUACGUAUGGCAAGGUCCAACUUCUGCCCCUAUUCUAUUUCCUGUGACAGAAGAAGACCCCAUUUUGAGCAGUUUCAGUCGCUGCCUUAAGGCAGAUGUACUUGGUGUUUGGCGGCGAGAUCAAAGACCUGGAAGAAGAGAAUUGUGGAUAUUUUGGUGGGGUGAAGACCCCAGUUUUGCUGACCUUAUUCAUCAUGACUUAUCAGAAGAGGAAGAUGGAGUGUGGGAGAAUGGACUUUCCUAUGAAUGCCGUACUCUGCUUUUCAAAGCAAUUCAUAAUCUGUUGGAACGAUGUUUAAUGAACCGGAACUUUGUACGUAUUGGCAAGUGGUUUGUAAAGCCUUACGAAAAAGAUGAAAAACCUAUAAAUAAAAGUGAACACUUGUCCUGCUCUUUCACCUUUUUCUUGCAUGGAGACAGCAAUGUUUGUACCAGUGUGGAAAUUAACCAACAUCAACCUGUAUAUCUUCUCAGUGAAGAGCAUAUCACCCUUGCUCAACAGUCUAAUAGUCCAUUUCAAGUUAUCUUAAGCCCAUUUGGACUAAAUGGCACUCUCACAGGACAGGCAUUCAAGAUGUCUGAUUCAGCUACAAAAAAAUUGAUUGGUGAAUGGAAACAGUUCUAUCCUAUCUCGUGUUGCUUGAAGGAGAUGUCUGAAGAAAAACAGGAAGAUAUGGAUUGGGAAGAUGAUUCUUUAGCUGCAGUAGAAGUUCUUGUUGCUGGUGUUAGAAUGAUCUACCCAGCAUGCUUUGUUCUAGUCCCUCAGUCAGACAUUCCUACUCCUAGCUCUGUGGGAUCCUCUCACUGUUCAACUUCUUGCUUGGGUGUCCACCAAGUGCCUGCUUCCACAAGAGAUCCUGCUAUGUCUUCAGUUACUCUUACACCCCCGACAUCUCCUGAGGAAGUCCAAACAGUUGAUCCUCAGUCUGCCCAGAAGUGGGUCAAAUUUUCUUCAGUAUCUGAUGGCUUCAACUCUGAUAAUACUAGCCACCAUGGAGGAAAAAUACCCAGAAAAUUAGCAAAUCAUGUAGUUGAUAGAGUUUGGCAAGAAUGCAAUAUGAACAGAGCACAGAACAAGAGGAAGUAUUCUGCUUCGUCAGGUGGUCUCUGUGAAGAAGAGAUAGCUGAUAAAGUGGCAUCCUGGGAUUUUGUCGAAGCCACACAAAGAACAAAUUGCAGUUGUUUGAGGCACAAAAAUCUCAAACCAAGAAAUACUGGACAACAAGGACAGGCAGCAUCUUUAGGUCAGCAACAACAGGUACUUCCUAAGCACAAGACCAAUGAGAAGCAAGAAAAGAGUGAAAAGCCACAGAAACGCCCCUUGACUCCUUUUCACCACCGUGUAUCUAUUAGUGAUGAUGUUGGCAUGGACACAGAUUCAGCCAGCCAAAGACUUGUGAUCGCUGCUCCAGACAGUCAAGUGAGAUUUUCAAACAUACGAACUAAUGAUGUAGCAAAGACUUCUCAGAUGCAUGGCACCGAAAUGGCAAGCUCACCUCAGCCACCUCCACUUAGUCCUCAUCCUUGUGAUGUGGUUGAUGAAGGAGUGACUAAAACACCUUCAACUCCUCAGAGUCAGCAUUUUUAUCAAAUGCCAACACCAGAUCCCUUGGUUCCUUCUAAACCAGUGGAAGAUAGGAUAGACAGUUUGUCCCAGUCUUUCCCACCUCAAUUCCAGGAAGCUGUAGAACCUACAGUAUAUGUUGGUACAGCAGUAAACUUGGAAGAAGAUGAAGCUAAUAUAGCCUGGAAGUAUUACAAGGUCCCAAAGAAAAAAGAUGUAGAGUUUUUACCACCUCAACUUCCAAGUGAUAAAUUCAAGGAUGAUCCGGUUGGACCUUUUGGACAGGAAAGUGUAACAUCAGUUACGGAGUUAAUGGUGCGAUAUAAGAAACCUUUAAAAGUUUCUGAUGAAUUAGUACAGCAAUAUCAAAUUAAAAAUCAGUAUCUUUCAGCAAUAGCAUCUGAUACAGAACAAGAACCUAAAAUUGAUCCAUACGCAUUUGUUGAAGGAGAUGAAGAGUUCCUUUUUCCUGAUAAAAAAGAAAGACAAAAUAGCGAGAGAGAAGCUGCGAAAAAACACAAGAUAGAAGAUGGGACACCUAGUGUAACAGUGUUGUCACAUGAAGAGGAUGCUAUGUCAUUAUUCAAUCCCUCUAUCAAGCAAGAUACUCCACGUCCUACAAGUCAUGCCCGUCCACCAUCAACCAGUUUGAUUUAUGAUUCCGACCUGGCUGUCUCUUAUACUGACCUGGAUAAUCUCUUCAAUUCUGAUGAAGAUGAACUAACACCUGGAUCUAAAAAAUCAACGAAUGGAUCAGACGAGAAAGCCAGCUGCAAGGAGUCAAAGACAGGAAAUCUGGACCCGUUAUCUUGCAUAAGCACUGCAGAUCUUCAUAAGAUGUAUCCUACACCACCAUCAUUGGAACAACAUAUUAUGGGAUUUUCCCCAAUGAAUAUGAAUAAUAAAGAAUAUGGUAGUAUGGAUACAACACCUGGAGGAACUGUUCUAGAAGGAAAUAGUUCUAGUAUAGGAGCACAGUUCAAAAUUGAGGUUGAUGAGGGAUUCUGUAGCCCAAAACCUUCUGAAAUUAAAGAUUUUUCUUAUGUCUAUAAGCCCGAAAAUUGUCAAGUUCUGGUGGGAUGUUCCAUGUUUGCACCUCUAAAAACUCUACCAAGCCAAUAUCUGCCACCUAUCAAAUUGCCAGAAGAGUGUAUUUACCGUCAGAGUUGGACUGUUGGAAAGUUGGAAUUACUUCCUUCGGGACCUGCGAUGCCAUUUAUCAAAGAUGGUGAUGGAAGUAACAUGGAUCAAGAAUAUGGCCCUGCUUAUACUCCUCAAACCCAUGCUUCUUUUGGGAUGCCUCCUAGCAGUGCACCUCCUAGUAAUGGCGGAGCAGGAAUUCUUCCUUCUCCAUCCACUCCUAGAUUUCCAACUCCAAGGACUCCUCGGACUCCUCGUGGAGCUGGUGGACCUGCUAGUGCUCAAGGUUCAGUCAAAUACGAAAAUUCAGACUUAUAUUCACCAGCUUCUACCCCAUCUACGUGCAGACCUCUUAAUUCUGUGGAACCUGCAACUGUCCCUUCCAUCCCUGAAGCACACAGUCUUUAUGUAAACCUCAUCCUUUCAGAAUCAGUUAUGAAUUUAUUUAAAGACUGUAACUUUGAUAGUUGUUGUAUCUGUGUCUGCAACAUGAAUAUCAAGGGUGCCGAUGUUGGAGUUUACAUUCCAGAUCCAACGCAGGAAGCACAAUAUAGGUGUACCUGCGGCUUCAGUGCUGUUAUGAACAGAAAAUUUGGAAAUAAUUCAGGAUUAUUUCUUGAAGAUGAACUCGAUAUCAUAGGACGGAACACAGACUGUGGCAAAGAAGCAGAAAAACGUUUCGAAGCUCUCAGGGCUACCUCUGCUGAACAUAUUAAUGGAGGACUAAAGGAAUCUGAAAAAUUACCUGAUGAUUUAAUAUUAUUACUACAAGAUCAGUGCACUAAUUUAUUUUCACCCUUUGGAGCAGCAGACCAAGAUCCUUUCCCCAAAAGUGGUGUUGUUAGCAAUUGGGUACGUGUUGAGGAGCGGGACUUUUGCAAUGACUGCUACCUUGCAUUAGAACAUGGACGUCAAUUCAUGGAUAAUAUGUCAGGAGGAAAAGUUGAUGAAGCACUUGUGAAAAGUUCAUGCUUACAUCCCUGGUCCAAAAGAAAUGAUGUGAGUAUGCAGUGCUCACAGGAUAUACUUCGAAUGCUCCUCUCUCUUCAGCCAGUUCUUCAGGAUGCCAUUCAGAAAAAAAGAACAGUAAGACCUUGGGGGGUUCAAGGUCCUCUCACUUGGCAACAAUUUCAUAAAAUGGCUGGCCGAGGCUCUUAUGGAACUGAUGAAUCCCCGGAACCACUGCCAAUCCCCACGUUUUUGUUGGGUUAUGAUUAUGAUUUCCUGGUGCUUUCUCCAUUUGCUCUUCCUUACUGGGAGAGACUUAUGCUAGAACCCUAUGGAUCUCAAAGAGAUAUAGCCUAUGUUGUACUAUGUCCAGAGAAUGAAGCCUUGUUAAAUGGAGCCAAAAGCUUUUUUAGAGAUCUUACUGCAAUAUAUGAGUCCUGUCGAUUAGGUCAACAUAGACCCAUUUCUCGACUUUUAACGGAUGGAAUCAUGAGAGUUGGAUCUACUGCAUCAAAGAAACUAUCAGAAAAGUUGGUAGCAGAAUGGUUUUCUCAGGCAACUGAUGGUAACAAUGAAGCAUUUUCUAAACUCAAGCUCUAUGCACAAGUCUGCAGAUAUGACCUAGGUCCUUAUCUUGCUUCCCAGCCAUUGGACAGCUCUCUGCUCUCCCAGCCAAAUUUAGUUGCCCCUUCGAGUCAGCCUUUGAUUACUCCACCUCAGAUGACAAAUACUGGAAAUAGUAGUACUCCGUCUGCCCCCUUAGCGUCUGCAGUGAGCAGCACUAUGACAAUGACUUCAGGUGUUGCCACAGCUAAUUCAACUUUAACCACAGCUUCAACUUCAUCUUCAUCAUCUUCCAACCUGAAUAGUGGAGUAUCAUCCAAUAAACUACCUUCAUUUCCACCCUUUGGCAGUAUGAAUAGUAAUUCUGCAGGAUCCAUGUCUGCACAAGCAAGUACAGUUCAGAAUGGUCAGCUAGGAGGACAACAGUCAUCAGCUCUUCAGACGGCAGGAAUUUCCGGAGAGUCAUCUUCACUUCCUACUCAGCCACAUCCUGAUGUGUCUGAAAGCACAAUGGACUGGGAUAAAGUAGGAAUCCCCACAGAUGGUGAUUCACAUGCCAUAACCUAUCCACCUGCAAUUGUUGUUUAUAUAAUUGAUCCCUUUACAUAUGAAAAUAAAGAUGAGAGCACUAACUCUUCUAACGUAUGGACUUUGGGGCUACUUCGAUGCUUUCUAGAAAUGGUCCAGACUCUUCCUCCACAUAUCAAGAGUACUGUUUCUGUACAGAUUAUUCCUUGUCAAUACUUGUUGCAACCUGUGAAACAUGAAGAUAGACAAAUCUAUACUCAGCAUUUAAAAUCCCUAGCUUUUUCGGCCUUUACCCAGUGUCGGAGACCACUUCCAACGUCAACCAAUGUGAAAACAUUGACUGGGUUUGGUCCAGGUUUAGCCUUGGAAACUGCUCUUAAGAGUCCUGAUAGACCAGAGUGUAUUCGACUUUAUACACCUCCUUUUAUUCUGGCUCCAGUGAAAGACAAACAGACAGAGCUAGGAGAAACAUUUGGAGAAGCUGGACAGAAAUACAAUGUUCUUUUUGUGGGCUACUGUUUAUCACAUGAUCAAAGGUGGAUUCUUGCAUCUUGUACAGAUCUGUAUGGAGAACUUUUAGAAACUUGUAUCAUUAACAUCGAUGUUCCAAAUAGAGCUCGUCGGAAAAAAGGUUCUGCUAGAAGAUUUGGGCUACAGAAACUUUGGGAGUGGUGCUUAGGACUUGUACAAAUGAGUUCAUUACCAUGGAGAGUUGUAAUUGGUCGUCUAGGAAGGAUUGGUCAUGGAGAAUUAAAAGAUUGGAGCUGUUUGCUGAGUCGUCGAAACUUGCAGUCUCUAAGUAAAAGGCUCAAAGACAUGUGUAGAAUGUGUGGUAUAUCUGCUGCAGACUCCCCCAGCAUUUUGAGUGCUUGCUUAGUAGCUAUGGAACCUCAAGGCUCUUUUGUUAUUAUGCCAGAUUCUGUGUCAACUGGUUCUGUAUUUGGAAGAAGCACUACUCUAAACAUGCAGACGUCUCAGUUAAAUACCCCACAGGAUACAUCAUGUACUCAUAUACUUGUGUUCCCUACUUCUGCUUCUGUGCAAGUAGCUUCAGCUACUUAUACCACUGAAAAUUUGGAUUUAGCUUUUAAUCCCAACAAUGAUGGAGCAGAUGGAAUGGUUAUCUUUGAUUUGUUAGAUACAGGGGAUGAUCUUGACCCUGAUAUCAUUAAUAUUCUUCCUGCAUCUCCAACUGGGUCUCCUGUACAUUCUCCAGGAUCUCAUUACCCCCAUGGUGGUGAUGCUGGCAAGGGUCAGGGUACCGAUCGGCUACUUUCAACAGAAUCUCAUGAUGAAGUAACUAAUAUUCUUCAGCAACCAUUGGCCCUGGGUUACUUUGUAUCAACUGCCAAAGCGGGUCCAUUACCUGACUGGUUCUGGUCAGCAUGUCCUCAAGCACAAUAUCAGUGUCCCCUUUUUCUUAAGGUAUUGCUAUUUCUAUGUGACUUACAUAUAAUUCAUUUGCUUUUCAGGUUUGUUUUGGAACAGUACAAUGCACUCUCCUGGCUAACCUGUGACCCUGCAAUCCAGGACAGACGCUCAUGUCUCCCAAUUCAUUUUGUGGUGCUGAAUCAGUUAUAUAACUUUAUCAUGAAUAUGCUGUGAUCUUCACUUGACAGAACUGUGCAAGAACAGGACACGAAAAAAGGAUAUUUCACUGCAGGAUUAAGUUGCAGUUAUCUUCUCAGUGAAAGUCAUUUCUGAUGGGGUCUAAUUCUUAUUACUUCAACAAAUAUUGUUUUGACUUGUGGGGAGGGGCUAUAUAACCCUGCUAUUUUUCAUGGACUAUACUGAACUCUUUAGGAUGACGACUGAUCACACAAAACGUAUUAUAACAUUUUCGUAGCAAAAAUUAACCUUUUUUUUCCCAGUCACAGUAUUUGUGAAAAGUAAUGAGCCAUAGUACCCAGUCAUGUUAAAUGAAUAUUAAAAGCAUGGAGAGGAAACAUGAGGAACAAUGAAUUUCAACAUAUGGCUUCAGAACAUCAAGAUGUUCUUGUAUUGGAUUAUAGUAUCUAGUAUUCAAAAAUGCCUGCAUCUCUUAUUUAUUGUAAGUUUUUAAAUGUAUAAAUUGUCUUAUAUUUCUUAACCUCUUUUAUAAAAAUUUUCCUAGAAGGUUAAUACUGCCUUCUUGCUUUAAAGCAAUUGGUCUAAAAUAUAUGUAAUCGUCUUAAUUAAAAAGUUGCAGUAGGGUUGCUUUUAGAGUAUUAUUUUUUUGUAAGGGGGUGGGCGGGACAGUAAAUUUGUAUUGUCUUGAUGUACAGUUUAAUUGGGAUAGAGGGGAAUAUGUCCAUACCAUUGUGUGUGGAGGAUUUACAGCUAAGCUGUAGUUGCAAAGUACAUGUACAGUAAUGAAGUUCACUGUGUUUAUAAAUUGAAAAGGUACCAGGUAUUACAGCAUUUUAUAUAUCACACCUUUACAGAAUAACAUGAUGGCAAUAUACAAGUGAUAUUGUUAGGUGGUUUAACUUAGAAUAAAAUGAGAAUUCUUCAGUUAUAUUUUGUACUAUGGUUUAGGGCUAUGACUAAUAUUUCAGGCCAUUUCCAGUGGAAGAAAAUUAGUUUUACAAAAAAGACAUUUGCUACUGAAUGCUUAAACUAAUUUUGGUGUUCGUUGUUACAUGCUUAAAUUUUUUUUCAGUUUUAGCAGUGGCACAUUUAGGCAUGGGAAUAUUAUUAAUUAUGAAGUUUAUCUUCAGGAUCUGCUAUAAGGUUGAAAUUUAGCCUAGCUCUAGGCAUUUUACAAAUUAUUUUAGGAACAAUCACUCUUGAUUGUUUGACUUUUUUUUAAAUUAAAGAUUGGGAAUGUGUGUGAGAGUAUGCAUAUGUAUGGGUGUGUGUGUGCAAUCAAACUGUGGUGUAAAUAGAUUCUCAGUGAAUUCUGGUAUUCAGACUCUAUUCCACUAGUGAAAGAACCACCUUUUAAACUUAACCUGUUUCCCUUUGCCUUUUUUAUUUAUUUAAUUUUCUUGGUUUGGACAUGGCAGUCCCAAACAUCAGAGUCUGUACUUUCCUAUUACACAGCUCAGAUUAAGGUAGGGCAUAUGCCAAGGAGGUUCUCACCUCCCUAAAGAAGGGACUUGAAUUUUAGGGACUUUAAUUCACCCCUUCCUUCAAUACAACUUUUCCCCUUCUUGUUUGCACAUGCCAAGAUAACUGCUUCUACGCAGUCUUUACCCCCUUGAAAAAUCCUUUCUACAGUGCUGCUCACAAGAGAGCCCAAGUUAGCUUCCUGCUUGCAUUGCUGACUUGAAUUCACAGUCGCCAAGUCUACCUAUAUUUCUUGGAAGCAGUCUAACAAAAUUUCUAUUUGUGUGUUCACUAAUUAUCUACAAGGACAAAGUCAGUUGUAUUUACAAAACUACUUUGGUUUUUGUUUUGUUUUUUUACUGAAACUUGUUUUGUAAAUACUAUAUGCUUAGAUUAAAUAUCACUUUCUUAAGAAUUUAACUUCUUCAAAUUGUGUAUAUAAAAACAUUAGCAAGCCUUGUUUUUUCUAUCCAGAAAAUACAAUUGGUGACAAAAGUUUUCAAUCAUUUCUUGAAAUUGUAAUGCAAUCCCAAUGGUCAGCAUAUUUUGAUAUUAAAUUUAAAGAUCACAUCUCUGCAUUUUUUAAAAAUUAUACUAACACACCACAGAUUAUGAUGGUAUGUUUUGUCCUGUACUCUCUUCAGAAAAAAAAAAAAAAUUGUCUGAGAUUUGAGGGAAAAGAUGCUCAUUUGGAAUUUCUAUAAAAAGAGUAUCCUUUUUUAUAUGCUUAGCUCAAUAGUGACUUUAAAUAAUAAAAAUUAUAUUCUCAUGGUAACCAUACCUCUGUUUGAAAAUAGAUUUUAAAAAAGUCAUUCCCUGACAGUUUCUUUCAUGUGGAGCCAUAAAGAGGAAAUCCAGUAUAUAAUUCCUCUUUAUCUGGGAAUCAGGGAAUAGUUCCCAAAUACACAGGAAUUUUUUCCUCCCCUUCAUAAUAUCAGUUCACACUCAAAUAGAAAGUUAUUAAAUAGCCAUUAGAAAAGGUCACUAAACUUAUUUCAGAAAAUAAAUUAAGACUUUUGUGCAGGAUGAUGGAUCUGACUAAUAUACUGUCACAGACAAGUAUAGGUAGUGUUGUUUUAUUUAAAUAGGCAAGCAAAAUAUAAUACUUUAUAAGCAGUGGAUUACCAACACCUUGACUUCUUUGUUACAGUGCUAAUGUCUGUUUUUUGUGCAGUUACCCAUUACAAAACAGGGUGGAAGUUCAUUAUUUUGGCAUUUUAGAAGAUUAAUUAUAUAAUGUCUGCUUCCAGCCAGUGAGAAACAUCUAGCCAUACCUUUCUUAUGCAAGCCAUUCAGUUAUCAGGACUGUGAAUUAACACUGUAUGAAUAAAUUUCUGUACACCUUAUUGUUUGGCCAGAAGGCCACCAAGUGUACUUAUAUGUAAUCCUUAAAUUUUAAAGUAGGUGUAAUUUUUAAAUAUUUCUAAACUUUUCUUAAACCACUAAAAUUAAGCUCUUACUACUUAGUCCACUAUCCUCAGCUGUAUUCGUACUCAAUUGUCAGUAUGGCACAGAUUACUGUAUUAAAAUAUUCUCCUUUGGUCUUCGUAUUUACCUUCUGAGGUAAUUUUUUAACUUAAUGUGUUACUACAAAGAUUUGCAGAUCUUUAAUCAAGCACUAUGUUAAUACUGUAAUAUCAAAAUACUAUGUCGCAUUAUUUAAAAUGUUCAAAUUGAAUAGAUUAAAAGGAAGUUUUUAAAUGCUGUUGCAUCAUAUAAUUUGCUACUCAUCCACUAUGGCAUUGCAUAUCAAUCUAUUAAUACAUUUAAUGUCGUGUGAGUGAUAUUUUGAUCUGGGUUUCCUCUUAAGACUUUAGUUUGUUUAAAUUAAGGAAAAAUGUUUUUAACAUACAUUUUUAUUUUGUCCCACCUCCUAAAAAAUCAGCUGGAAAUCUUAACCCCUUGGUUUUUCUUGGUAUUUUAAUGGGCCCAGAACUGUGGUUUAAAUUUUUAUAUAUGUGUUUUCUUUUUUGUCGAGUAUAAAUUUAAAAACUGGAUCUGGGACCUACAAUACUCCUCAGGUUGAUGUAUUCAUGAAGUUUUAAAACAGCUUUAGUUUUCAAAGUAAACUGGAUUUGUGAACCUUAAAGUUACUGAAUUUAAGCUACAAAUUGUGACAUCAUUACUGGACAUGUCAGCAUCAACCUUCUCAAAAUCGCUUGGUCACUUUACGAAGGGGCGUCUUAAAGUUGUUGUUUAGCCGUGACAUUUAAUAUGGUCCAAUUGCUUUUCUUUUUAACGUGACAAAAAAGAAUAAGGAACAAACACUAUUGCUGCCGAAUGCCAUAACACUGAGUUGUACAAAUUGUGAUUGAGGAAAUGAAAAGGUUUAUACUUUUUAAAAAAACAAACAAAAAAAAAAACAAAAAACAUAACUUCAAAUGGAAUAAAUUAUUCAUGAAGCCUUCA